AUGACUUUUGUGACACAAGAGAGUCUGGAUGAGCGGACGGCCAUUCUGGAGAAUAUCAGCGACCUUGGGCCGCCCGAUAUGGUGCACCUUAAAAAAUACAAUGGGUCUUCCAGUACCAAGACUCCUGUUUUAGGCACUUUUUUGUACUACACGGGUCCUGAUGUUUCGAAUUCAGCCACAAUUGCGGCCUUGUUGAAUUCGUUGAGCAAUAUUAUUGGCGAGGAGCCCCAGAUGUGGUUUGGCAAGGAAAAGCCAUGGAAAGUGACCGAGGCAACGUAUUGCACGUAUAACGUGUUCAGCAAGGUGGAUGUUCGUGUGACGUGCAAGUUUCCGGGUCAGGUGGAGUCGUAUAUCAUCGAUAAUCUGGGAAAUAAGGUCAUUGAGAGCGAUAAGCUGUGGACAGAAACGUUUGUGAGUGCUGUUGUUCGGACGUUGAUCAGUGCGGACGUGGACAUUGACGAUUUCACGUCGGUGGUGGAGAUCCGCAAGAUCAACCCGUUCUGGAACAAAGAGGUGGCCACGUUGUUUUUGAAAGGGUUCGAGGAGCUGUUUGACGAGGGAUCUAAGCUCGGGUGUUCAGAAGACCUCCAGAUCCCAACAAAGGUGAACAAUUACCUGGUGGAUGCGUUUGUCAAGUUUGUACAGAUCACAGGAUUUUGGGAACCUGCCCUGGAGGUGUUGGAGAGAAUCACCCAGGAGGAACACACCGCCAAAUACCUGAUUGCCAAGCUGUAUUUGCUCAACAACCAGGAAACCAAGGCGGUGCGUGUGAUGUACGACACCAUCAGAUUGAACCCGUUGGACGGCGAGAUGCUCACGUUGCAGGCCGAGUACUGUCUGAAGAAGAACAAGCUGGACCUGGCAUUGCCAAUUGCCAUCAAGGCCGUCAACAGUCUGCCGUCGUAUUUCAAGCCGUGGUCGAUUUUGGUGGAGGUUUACAUUCUGCAACGCGACUACGAAAAGGCCCUGCUGACGCUCAACUCGUGUCCGAUGGUCACUCACAAAGACAAAUACAUGCUCAGACGCGUGAACCAUCCGCGGUCGGAAGAACUGCACCUGCCGUUGCCCGUGGACGUGAGUCUGGGCAGCGUGACGAACCUGAGCUCGCUGGACGUGGCUGCUGAGCACGACAAGGUGGACCAGAGUCUGCUGAACCUCGCGGCCGCCAACCUCAAGUCCACGUUCGCCAAGGCGUACAAGCUGCUCACCGAUAUCGUCUUGGAAACCGGCUGGGAGCCGCUGCUCAAGUACCGCACCAAGGUGUUUGUGAUGGAGGACGAGUUCAAAAAAGAGAACCUCAAGCCGUCGCUGGACGGCCACGCCACCAACGGGUCCACAGAAACCAGCCAAUCAAACGGGACUGACGAGACGGCCAGCUCCCAGUUCAAAAAGAAGCGUCUUUGCGAAAGAUGGCUCGACAACCUGUUCAUGCUGCUCUACGAAGACCUCAGAACCUACACCAUGUACCGUGCGCAGGUGAUGCACUUCGAGGCCCAACAGAUGGAUCUGGAGAAGUCGACGCUCGAGUGGGAGCUGCUGGGACUCGUUUCCGAGCGUCUGGGCCACCACCGAGAAGCUGCCCAGUGCUUUGAAAAGGGCCUUUCCCAGAGAUUUGCAGUCAGAAGCUCCAAACGACUGCUGGACUACUAUCUCGACCAAAAGAAGAAGAACACGAGCUUGGAGUCACACACCAAGCUGAACGACCAGAUUCUGGACCUGGUGGUGAAGCUGACGGUGUGGUUCCACAGAUGGUACUGCUCGUUUUCACCAAAACUGAUCCUGACGUUUGUGGACCUGAUCCACGAGGUCGGGCGCACCAAGAUAGAGAGCGAGAUCAAGGUCAAGUACCAGAACGACACCGGCGUGUACGAGCUGCUGAAGGACACGUUCACGUACCUGGAGGAGUACGGUCUUGUGACAAUCGGCAACGCACACGACGAUCUGAUCCACGACGCUGUUCUGGACUACUACGGCAAGCGUCUGGCCACUUGUUCGUCGGACAAGACGAUCAAGAUCUUCGAGGUCGACGGUGAGACCCACAAGCUGGUGGAGACGCUGAAGGGCCACGACGGGCCGGUUUGGCAGGUUUCGUGGGCCCACCCGAAGUUCGGCGUGAUACUGGCGUCUUGUUCGUACGACGGCAAGGUUUUGAUCUGGAAGGAGGAGAACGGUGUGUGGUCCAACAUUGCUGAGCACGGGGUGCACCAGGCGUCGGUGAACAGCAUUUCGUGGGCUCCUAGCGAGUACGGGGCUGUUCUGCUGUGCACGUCGAGCGACGGCAAGGCGUCGGUGGUCGAGUUUCUGGAAGACGGGUCGCAAAAGACGAUGGUGUUCCAGGCCCACGCUAUUGGAGCCAACGCGGGAUCAUGGGCUCCUCCACACAAGGACAACGUGAAGGAAAGAAGAUUCGUUACGGGAGGAUGCGACAACCUUGUGAAAAUCUGGAAAUUGGAUCCACAGGCAAAUAAUUACAUCGAGGAAGCUGUUCUGUCCGGCCACACAGAUUGGGUCAGAGACGUGGCGUGGUCCUCUUCCCUGCUCUCCAAAUCGUACAUAGCCACGGCCUCCCAGGACAGAACGGUGUUCAUCUGGACCAACGAAUCCAUCGGCAACCAUUCCGGUUGGAAAAAACAGCUACUGACCGCAGAUAAAUUCCCCGACGUUUGCUGGAGAGCAAGCUGGUCGCCGAGCGGAAACGUGCUCGCCAUCAGCAGCGGCGACAACCGCGUCACUCUGUGGAAGGAGUCGCUCACCGGCAAGUGGGAGUCUGCGGGAGAGGUCGAUCAAUAA